GCCCCUAUUGAUUGAUUGUCACAACACAAUGCUUGGCAAUGGCAUUAAAAAUGCCCAGCUCAACCAUCUCUCUUUCUCUCUCCGGGCCUUGUUUGGUUUUGUUGGGUCCUAUAAAUUAAGAGGUUCAGACACAGCUCAGCUCAGCCACCAACAUUCUUCUCUCUCUCUCUCUCUCUCUCCCUCCUCACCAUUUUUGCUUCAGUUCAGACAAUCCAUACCUCAUGAGCUCCCUCUUCCUCUUCCUCUGCUCUCUCACUGUGGCUUUCGCCGCCGGAGGCAGCUCAGGGGACUCCCUCGCCGGUGACACCAACCCGUUCUCGCCGAGGGCCUCACUGAUCCGCUACUGGAACAAGCAGAUCAGCAGCAAUGCCCCCAAGCCUUCCUUCCUCUUGUCCAAGGCUUCCCCUUUAAAUGCCGUGGACGCCGCCGCUUUCUCGAAGCUCGCCUCCAGGAACGCACUUUCCGCCCAUUUGCCAUCCUUCUGCGCCGCUGCCGGCCUCCUCUGCUUCCCAGACCUCGCCCCCAGCCUCGAGAAGCACGACAAGGACUCCGACUUCACCGGCUACUCCAACCGGAACUUCAGCAACUACGGGACCGACCGGCUCGGCGCGGUAGACAUGUUCAAGAAGUACUCCGAGGGCGAGAACAUUCCCGUUGACUCCUUCCGGCGGUACAGCCGCAACGCCGCCGGCCACAACGACAAGUUCGACAGCUACGGCCCUGAGGGCAAUGUGGUGGACCAGAGCUUCAACAGCUACGGCGUUGGAGCCACUGGUGGCACGGGCGAAUUCAAGAACUACAACAGAGAGGUCAAUGUGCCGAAUCUCGGCUUCAACAAUUACGGGGCGGAGGGCAACGGGAGGGGCCAUAAGUUCUCCAGCUACACCGACAGUACCAACUCCGGCGGCGAGAAGUUCUCCAGCUAUGGCCGGAACGAGAACGGCUCGCCGAACGAGUUCAAGAACUACGCUACCGACUCGAACGUGAUUGGGUCGGACUUCUCCGGCUACGGCCAGGGGGCCAACGGCGCCAAUGACUCGUUCACCAACUACGGCGUCAAUGGCAACGUGCCGGAGAACACCUUCAGGAGCUACGGCGACGGGGGCAACGGGGCCGUCGAGAACUUCGCCAACUACCGCGAUCAGUCCAAUGUCGGGGACGACAGCUUCCAGUCUUACGCCAAGAACUCGAACUCGGCGAAGGUCAAUUUCGCCAAUUACGGCAAGUCCUUCAAUGAGGGGACCGACAAGUUCUCCCUCUAUGGCCAGGGAGCUCAGGGGCAGUCGAUCGGUUUCAAGAUCUACGGUGUCAACAACACGUUCAAGGACUACGCGAAGAAGUCCGAGGUGUCGUUCGCCAGAUACACAAGCCGGAGCGAGGCCCAGGCUGCCGCCGCAGAGGCGGCGAAGGGCAGUGGCAGUCGGGUAAAUAGGUGGGUUGAGCCGGGCAAAUUCUUCCGGGAGAGCAUGCUGAAGAAAGGCAUUCUCAUGCCGAUGCCCGACAUUAGAGAUAAGAUGCCGAAGAGGUCGUUUCUGCCCCGGUCUAUCUUGUCCAAAUUGCCCUUCUCGUCCUCUAAGCUCGCUGAGCUGAAGCGGACAUUCCACGCAGCUGACAACUCCUCGAUGGAGUCGUUGAUCGUGGCUGCCCUCAAUGAGUGUGAGCGAGCCCCGAGCAGUGGUGAAACGAAGCGCUGCGUUGGUUCCAUCGAGGAUAUGGUCGACUUUGCGACAUCUGUGUUGGGACGGAACGUGGUUGUCCGGACCACGGAUAAUGUGGCGGGGUCCGGCAAGGAGAUCCUGAUUGGGCAGGUCUCGGGGAUCAACGGCGGGAAAGUGACCGAGUCCGUAUCGUGCCACCAGAGCUUGUAUCCUUAUCUGCUUUACUACUGCCAUUCGGUCCCUAAGGUUCGGGUCUACCAGGCGGAUAUCCUAGACCCGAACUCGAAGGCUAAGAUUAACCAUGGGGUUGCGAUAUGUCACAUUGACACAUCUGCGUGGAGCCCGACCCAUGGGGCAUUCCUAGCACUUGGAUACGGGCCUGGCAAGAUCGAGGUCUGUCACUGGAUCUUUGAGAGUGACAUGACCUGGGCACGAGCCGAUUGAUUCCCAGAUAUGGGUUCGAGCCCAUGGCUAAGAAAGCUUAGCCGUUGGCUUGACCCCUGUCUCGAUUUGACUGUUGAUCUUUUACUCUACCACCAAGUAAACUAUGUUUUUUUUUUUUUCCCUUCUAUUUUCCAUUAGUUUCCUUUUUAUAGGUUUUCGAUUAUGUUCUUUAUUUUACAUCAUAAAGAAAGGGUUAUAAUGCGGAAGGGGUGUAAUAUUCAAUAGUUCAAUGCAGCAAUGGACAAGGCAGGCGCUCUCCACUAGAUUCUACAAUCUCAUCCUAUCCUAGUGGUAGAAACUCAAUCGGCGAAUAGCUACAUAAUGUUAUAGUUGUAAUCGACUCAUUGGAAAUAAUACAAUCAGUUCUAUUAAGGAUGAAA